GCCUGAAUGUCAACAAGGUCAGUAAAAUACGCUUUGAGCAAGCCUUGGCCAUGGCAGCAUCCUUGGCUCCGGCCGCAAUCGAAGAGGACACGAUGUGCCCUAACGGAGUUCAGAACAUUUUUGUCGUGUGUACUCCUCACGAGAAAAACGCGGACGCGUACGCUCGAGUGCAGCAAAUCAGGCUCGGUGAAGGCACGUUUAGGGUGGCGGCGUACCUGGCUCCACCCGAGAAUACGUGUAGAGGAGUCAUAAGAGGAGUCGACGUGGAAGUCAGCGAGGCUCAACUCAGAGCGAGAAUUGUAAAUAAUCGGAAUCCGAGUGCUUUGGAGGCCAGGCGGAUCAAGAACACUACAGCGGUGGUGGUACUUUUCGAGGGAAUGAGGGUGCCCAACUACGUGGCAUGCGGCGCGAGCAUGUUUCGCUGCACACUCUACCGACGCCACACGGAAGUCUGCUACGGUUGCGGAGGACUGGGACACCGGGCUGACGUGUGUCCCAACCCUGGAAGCAAGUGGUGUCGCACCUGCGGCAAACGAUCGCCGGCGGAAGAUCACCAGUGUGAUCCGCAAUGCACGUUGUGCGGUGGCCCGCACCCCACAGCGGCCAAAGAGUGUAGGGACAAAUUUCAAGUACCAUAUAUCGUCAGAAGAAGACGGCGGCGGCGUCGACGCGCCGAGCAGCUGAAGCUGGGAACCGACGUCAUCACGGCGGGCGGCAGGAGCCGCUCGCGCACGCCAGCUGUGCAGGAGCGCAGCACCGAAAGAAGCCGCUCUCGCACGCCAGCUGCGCGGAAGCGCGGUGCAAUCAGGCAGCGCUCCAGAUCAAGAGGGCGCUCGAUGUCCAGCGUGCGGAUCCAGGAGGAGCCUACCUGGGCGGAUCGUGUCAAAGGGAAGAAGAAGAAGGAGCUACAGAGACCCACGGAGGUAACGCGGUCGGCUUCGCCAGAGCAUGGUAGUAGGUCGCACGUGGACGCAUUACUUAAGGAAGUUAAGGAGCUUAGAGAGGAGGUACGCCGACUCAAAGCCGCCAAGGCAAACCCAGAGUCCUUUGAAAUAGAGGCGUGCGACCAGACGCCACAGGUACUCGAACAUAUACCCCGCGUAGGGCUCACUAAAGCAAAACGUAAGGCCCCCCUUCCUAACGACGAGAGCGACUCGGAAACGUCUGAGGGAGAGGUCCAGCAAAGAAAGAUGUUGGAGGAACUACUUAGGAUAAGUAGAGAAAAUCAGGAAAGCGUAAAGCUUUUGGUCCAAAGAGUGACCGUACUAGAAAAAAAGGCGGCGAUUAAGGCCAAAGCCAAGGUCCGAACGCAAAGCAAGGCAGUGAAUCACUCCGAGGUUGCUCCGGCUGUGGAGCAAGUUAUGUUGUUGUAGCAUCAUGGCGGCCGAUCACAAAGAGCUGGUAAUAUGGCAGUGGAACUGCGCUAGUUUUCAAAGGCGCAAGGCUCCGCUACGGCAACUAUUGGCGAAUGAGGUGGAAAAACCGCAGAUUUUGUUAUUACAGGAAACACUAUGUGACGACCCUACCCUUUCUGGCUUCAACACUGUGUCGGUCAGGAACGAGGGUGGCAGAGGACUAGCUACGAUGAUUAAAAAAAAUCUAGCCUUUAUUGAACAUCCAAUCCACUCUGGACGGGGUAAGAUGGAGGCCCUUUUCGUGGAGGUUAUACCGCACGGGCGUCUCAAGCAGAGCGUCUUUGUGCUUAAUGUCUAUAGCCCGCCGUCGGACCAGAGACAGACGUUUAACUCCCUGCUUAGGAAAGCGACUUCGAUAGCCAAACACUCUCCUCUGAUAGUUGCUGGGGACUUUAACGCCCCUCAUAAUGCAUGGGGCUACGUCAGACGGACUGUAAAAGGAGAGAACCUGGCAAGGAUCCUGGAUGAUCUUGCGUUUUCGGUAAUAACGGACCCAGGGUUCCCCACUAGACUGGGCACGUCAGUCGCGCGAGACACAACGCCUGAUUUGGCCUGUGUAAGGAACGUAGGUAACGUGACGUGGGCCAAUAAGCAGGAGAACCUGGGCAGUGACCACUUCAUAGUAGCGGUAACAUUGACGGUGGAAGCCCGACCGGCCAGGGUAUUUCGGGUCACGGAUUGGGACGAAUUCAGGAAACUUAGGAAGGAGCGAACGAGCACAUUUUCCUCGUUUGACGAGGCUAUCGAAUCGCUAACAGAGGACGUCGAGAGGGCUACUAAGGUAGUACAAACAGAAGCGGAGGUCCCAAGAGUGGAUCCGCACCUAGCGCAUCUGUUGGAGGCGAAAUCGUCAAUUCUGAUGAGGUGGAAAACACAAAGGUUAAAUCGUAGGCUGAGGAAAAAGGUUGCGGAGCUUAAUAGAGAGAUUGAGAGAUAUUGUGCGGAGCUCAAUAGGCUACAAUGGGACGAGGUCUGCACGGCAGUAGACGGGUCCAUGCGCUCAGGAGGGAAGUGGAACCUCCUCAAGCACCUCCUGGGUGACGCGCAGACAAAGGAUAAUCAAAGGCAAACACUUAGUAAAGUCAUACACCGGCACAAACAGGAGGGCGGCAGUGAAGAGUCACUUUUGAAUGCGAUCGCGGAUAGAUACCUUCCUAUAGGGCCGACGCAGGAAGAGGAUUAUCCGCAGAUCGAGUGCGCGACGGUAGAGGAACUGGACGCGCCUUUCACAGAAUCAGAGGUCAGGGCGGUGAUCUACAAUUUAAACAGCAGAUCGGCUCCGGGUCCGGAUAAAGUUUCUAACAGGCUAUUACGAAACCUGGACGAUAAAGCAGUGGAACUACUUACUAAGGAGGUCAACAGGGUAUGGGAGACAGGAGAGGUGCCUGACAGAUGGAGGUCGGCUAUAGUGACACUCAUCCCUAAACCAGGAAAACCUCUUCAUUUGGACAACAUGAGGCCAAUAUCACUAACCUCGUGCAUAGGCAAGGUAGCGGAGCACGCGAUCUUGAACCGGGUUUCCGGGUACAUAGAGCGCCAAAACCUCUUCCCACAUAAUAUGGUUGGUUUUCGGCCCGGCCUAUCGACGCAGGAGGUUAUGCUAAUGCUAAGGAAGCAAAUCUUUGAUAGCGGCACCCGGGACGUGAGAGGGAUUCUCGCCCUGGAUCUCACUAAGGCGUUCGACACAGUGUUUCAUAGAUACAUUCUGCAAGCCACGGCCGGGAUAGGCCUGGGAGUCAAAUUCCAGGCCUUUGUCAGGUCCUUUCUCAUGAAUAGAACUGCUACUAUUCAGGUGGGGCAGAUUCGGUCGGGCGUGUACGAAUUGGGAGCACGGGGUACCCCUCAGGGAUCAGUCAUCUCGCCACUGCUCUUCAAUAUCGUCAUGAAGGGUCUAUCAGAUAGGCUGGGCGGCCUCCAGGGCAUAGGUCACGCACUUUACGCAGAUGACAUCACGAUCUGGUGCCCAGGGGGCUCCCUCGCUGAAAUGGAGCAAGCUCUACAAGCGGCCUUGGACGAGACGGAGGCUUACCUCGCGGACACGGGUCUCAAGCUGUCUACGAGUAAAUCGGAGCUGUUGCUUUACAGACCCGCAAGGCAAGGGGUUCGGGGUCUAACACCCCUCAACCAGCUACCCGUGGCAUUAUA